GAGUCUCUAUUUUUUCUACUUCAAGAGUGAUUGAUUUUAGACAAAUCAAACACUGUUUUCUGAUGAGAAAAUUUUCUGUUAUUUUCUUUAUUUAUGAUUCCAUUGUUGGACUUAUGGAAGUUCAAUGGAAACUCCAUAUUCUCUCUACUUUGAAAAGUUGCUAUAAGUACAGCAAAUUAGGUGAAGCUUUCAGCUUCCAUUAAUGAGACUCCAUGUCUUCCUAUAGAAAAAGCACAGGCACUUCGGCGGGAAGUGAUUCUGAUGAACUCCUCCGGCGAGGGCCUUGGACUCUGGAAGAAGACACUCUCCUCAUCCACUGCAUCUCCCGCCACGGCGAAGGACGCUGGAAUUUGUUGGCUGAGCGUUCUGGCUUGAAGAGGACUGGGAAGAGUUGCAGACUGAGGUGGCUGAAUUAUCUGAAACCAGAUGUGAAAAGAGGAAAUAUUUCUCCUCAAGAACAGAUGUUGAUUCUUGAACUUCAUUCUAUGUUGGGUAAUAGGUGGUCGAAAAUUGCUCAACAUUUACCAGGAAGAACUGACAAUGAAAUCAAGAACUACUGGAGAACUCGUGUGCAGAAACAAGCCAGGCAUCUGAAGAUCGACGCCAACAGCACAGCAUUUCAACAUAUUAUUCGUUAUUUCUGGAUUCCAAGAUUGCUUCAGAAAAUCAACGAAACGUCAUCAUUAUCUUCAUCAAGUUCAGCUUUGCAUGAUUCCCAAAAUUCAACGGUUGAUCUCAAUCCUCAGCCAUAUUAUUCAACUUCGUCCUCUCCACCGCCAGCACCACCGCCAUUGAAACUUGCAGGCUACCAGGGCUCAGGCUCCGAACAUAGCACAAUUUCUUGCAUGUCUUCAUCAGAAUUUUCAGGCUGCCAAACGAGUCCUUUUCAGAAUCAAAACAGCACGUUUCAGAAGGAUUUCUGUUUGGAAACCAUGGCAAACCAGGGAGAUUUCAACAACCCAGUUAGCGAUUUCCGAUUAGAAGCUGAAAAUAACAACUGGGUUGAAUAUGAUUUUCCGGCUGAUAGCAUGUGGAACAUCGAUGAACUGUGGCAGUUCAAGACUUGAGUAGAAAAUUAAUGGAACUUGAAAAAGUCUUUGUUUAUUAUUAUUUUUUUUAAUAUUAAGGUUCAAAGCUUUAAUCCUAGUCCGUCAAUAUUAAUGAUAAACAAAUUGUUCAUGUUUUA